ACAUGUUUUGGGCUACUUUGGAGCUGUUGAGCAACUACCUGCCCGAGAUCGGACUGACUGGUGUUUACGCAUUUGCCACAUUGACCUUUAUUGGAUUCUGUUCCGAUCGAAUUCGGCAAAGAAAGAACCAACAAGACGCUUUUGAUUCCGAUGAUCAAAUUGGAAGGCGUCUCGGAAAGUUUGAAACCAUGAUUGACGACCUUCAUGAGUAUGGUGGAAGUUUGCAAACUGUUGUUCUUUUGCUGAAGUCCAAAGUCUCCCUCCAACCGACCGUUGUGCGGCAAGCAUUGGAACGCUUGCCGAAGAAACACACCAUCCUUCGCAUGCGAGUCAGAGAAGUUCCCGUACACAGUAGAACGAAGGCAGUGAAGUGUUUUAUUGAGAUGGAUGAACCUGACGCGAUAGAUUUCUACAUCAACAGUAAACAAGCUCGAAAUUGGGAAUCGUCGUGUGAAAAGGAACUCUCGACUCCAUUCCAGACCUCCGACGGCCCUUUGUGGAGAGCACGUUUGUUCAAGGAGGAAUAUGAUACAGGGGAGGAGUUGUUUAACAACACUUUGCUGUUCACAGUUCACCACCUCAUCGCAGACGACACUGCUUUGCUUAAUCUUUGUCGUGAUUUCUUAGAUUUCUUGAACAUGGAGAAUGGCAGGAUUGAUAAUGACAUCAUGACAACAAGUGUUCCUCUAUGCCCACCUAUUUCCGAUCUCCUAAAGCAUCACAUUACUCUAACUCAACUAGAUAAGGUUUUGCUUUCUCUUAAGCCCAUCUUCACGCGACUCUUGUAUAAGAUAGUUGGAAAGCCGAGGAAUCAGUUUACAGCAGUGAUUCCACCAACUAGCUUAUGUGAUCCGACUAUUUUGAGGAAAACCUGUAUUCUCCCAAAAAAUUUACCCAAAUGUUCCAUUUCUGAGCUGGUAGAGAAAUGCAAAGAGAACAAAUGCACCGUGCAUGGAAUGUUUACAGCUGCAGCAAGUGUUGCUCUAGCAACCAUGUUACAGAAUGGUGAACUGCGAAUACCAGUGUGUAUUCCUUUGAGCUUUAGUGUGAAUGUGAGACAGGAGUGCCAGCCACCAAUAUCAAGCCAAGAUCUGGGAUGUUUCACAUUAGACUGUGGACUUAAGAUCCCAGUUCCAGUUUUGCAAGACGUACAUGAGCAUUUCUGGAAAUUUGCACAGAAAUGUACACAUCAGGUACGGCAAGCUGUUGCGAGUGGAAAACACCAUUCGUGUUUGAAGGAACUUCAUACAUUGGACAUUGACUUUGCCCAAACAAUGUACAAAAUCUCCAAAAACAAGAAGACAGCAGGUCGUUUGGAUAGUUUAUGUCAUGUUUCUAAUCUUGGACGACAAACCUUCGGAAAAGAGGGUGAACGGAAGGCUUAUGAAUGUAAUGGAGUGUAUUUUGCAGGUGCAGGGCAUAAUUUUGGCCCUGUCUUUAGCAACAACUUAGUGACCAUUGGUGAGGAAUUAUAUUGGAGUAUUGUGUAUUACAGUAAUGUUGUCACCCAGGAUGUGGCUACUGAAUAUGCUGAACUGGUUUUCAAAACUCUAAAAGCUGUUACAUAAAUACAUGUAGUUAUCACUGUAAGGUGGUUAUUCAAUUUUGACAUAGGUUCUGAGACAGAGCUUAACCAGUUCACUUACAAGAUCUAUUAAGUCAGUAAAUUUUUUGCCUUGUCUGUCAGACAUUUCCUAUAAUUUUAACCCUGAGAAUUAAGCAUUUAAGUCCAAAAAAUGUCCUCUAUUUGAUAUUUUUUUCUGUCUUGCCAUCAGUUUUUGCUUGAAGUGUAUAAAUAUUGUAGGGAGUAAGUUCCUUUUGGUCACUCCAACCUGUUAUUGAAAGGGUUAAACUAAUGAAUGCAAAUAAAAAAGCAGACUUGUAAAAAUGGCUUUGCAUAAGAUCAAGCAUAGGAAGGCUUCUUAGAUGUUUAUUUUUUUUUUUUACAUAGCUUAUAGAGCAGCCAGAUAUGUCCCUAAAAUCAGCCAGGAGGCAAUUUAUGGUGGGUUAAUUGUGAGACAUGCCUUUUGUAAACCAAGAAGUGAUUUAUGUGUGAAAAACCAAUUGAGAACUAUUGUACCUCAAUCUGUGUGUAUGUAUAACCCGUCAUUUAUCAAAGAAUAGAUUAUAUUGAUAAUUUACACACUAGACACUCUUCAGGCUUCAUCAAGACAAUGAUUAUUUGUGUGUAUUACUUUUAAAUCCACAGUGAUAAUUUUAAGUUAUGGGACAAUAUGUACUUGAAUUAAUGAUCAGUAAGGUAAUCAAACAUGAAUUGUUCUUUAGUUAUCUUAGCAAAUGUUGAAGGUUUAGCUUUAAUUUCUACCCGUCACUAAUUGUCAGUGAUGAAAGAUGCUUUAAGUGAGCUGUCAUAACAUGUAUUAGUAUAAUUUCAGAGCUGAGCAAAGAGUUGCCAGCAAUCUGAUUGGUAGAGCGGUUCCUUAUAUGACAC